UUUUUUCAAAAUUCAGAUUUAUUUAAGAAGAGUCAUCAGCCUCACCUCAGUGCUCGUUCAGCUCUCAGCCUCGCUUAAUCUCCGCCAUUAAUUCGAGUAUUCACAAUAAAUAUGAAACACUUCAGGUUCGGCUGGCUUCUGUUCGUGGUGUGUUUUGUUCUCUGCUCCGGCGAUGCCUUCGCGGCCCCUAAACCUAAAGGCAGAGCGAGACCUAAAAUAAGGAUUCCAAAAAUCAACAUAAACAUCCAUCAUAAUAAUAUCCACAUUGGCUAGGAUCGGAAUCACUCGCUUUGGAUGUUAGUCGCGCCUUAACUUAAGCAUAGCCUUAGCUUCUUAGUAUAAUGAUGCUCAGUGCACAGAGUUAGUCGAUUUAUGGAUGAUUACGGAUACCAUUAUAUGGUUGGAACAUCCAAAUAUGUUAUUAUAGAUUCUUUCAAAGUUAAAGAUUCAUCUGAAAGCUUAGCAAACCAUUACACAUAAAGCUAAAAUGUAAGAUACUGUAAAUAUAAGCAUCGUAUUGUAGUCGUUUAUGUUUUGUAUCCCUAUAAAAUUCUUUUAUUUUGAUUUAUGUAA